GGUAGUGUAGGAAGAAAUCAUUAUUGAUAGAUGAGGAGAAAUCGUUGCUGGUAGCUAAGGAAAAAGUCGUUAUUGGCUGAAAUGGAAAGAAUACAAUCAACACAAGAAAGUGAAGAUGGCAGUCAAUCAGUUGAUGCAUUUGCAUCAGUCAUGGGACCUGAGCAUCCAGGUCGCCUAAGAUUGUAUGGACGUGGGGUUACCAAGACUUCCUUAAAAAGAAAAGUGGGAGAUUUUGGACCCUCUUUAAGUUCUACUAAUGAGGUGAUGCAACAAAAAUUGGACGAAAUGGAAGAAAGGAUGCAACAAAGAUUGCAGGAAAAGUUCAAUGCACAAAAAGAUGCCAUCGAACUACAAGUUGCAGUUAACAUCAUUUCACAACUUAAGCAUCUGAAUCCUAAUUUACGGGUUGAUCCCAGCAUGUUAGGUUUCAAUGCUCGUUCAUCUGGAGAAGCUUCCUCUGCACAACAAGCUGCUGUACAACUAAUCAAUCGCCUAUCUACUGGGAGUAAUAAUCAAGGUGGAGCAAUUGAAGAAAGGGAAGAUGGAGAUUGUGAAGAUCUAGAUCUUACUUAAGAACUUUGAAUUGUUGUCCAUGUUCUAGGAAUCUUUUGUUAUCAACAUUUAAAACUUACUCUAACUCUUGAAGUGUUGAAAUAUAAAACUUAUGUGAUUGGGUUAAAAUAUUUUGGUUU